AUGUCGUCGUCAACACCACAACACAACAGAUUGCGCUCACGCGUAGCUUGUGAGCCAUGCCGAGAACGCAAAAGGAAGUGCGAUGGAGCUUUUCCAUGCAGCACCUGUGUCAGAUAUGCUUAUGAUUGCCAUUAUCCGCAAUCCUCUCGAAAGAGAAAGUCCGCCGCAAUAUCCGAUACGGCAGCUGAACACACCCCUCCAACGCCCACGGACCAGGAUGCUCAGACUCGGAUACAGUCGCUGGAAGCCAACUCAGGCUCCGCCUUUGUCAGGAAAAUGGCUCUGGGUAUUGAUCCUGCAAAUGCGCCUCGUCUAAGGCUGUUUGCAUGGAAUGUUUUCCUUGGCUCACGCAAGUCAACACAUAUCCCAGUCUCUCGUUCUUUGACUCAAAUCGUCUCAUGGCCGGAACUCGAAGAGCUUGUCAACAUCUAUUUCUCGAAAGUCGAUCCUUGCUAUGGUUUUGUGGAUCGUCGCUCGCUCGAGCGUCGUAUGCGAAUAUACUGGAUGAAUGACAGCACAGAGACAAGCUCAUUUGAAGCCGUCAUGUGUGGGAUUGCGGCUUUAGGACUUCUUUUCUCUCGUAGAAACGUGGUAGACGCAGAACUAGACCUUGUCGAGACUGCUAAACGUAUCCUCGAGGCGUCAAUUUCAGUGCAUCCAUCCCUGGAUAUUGUUACUGCAUGGGUACUGCGAGUAGCUUACAUGCGAAUGACUGCCCCAGCGCAUGCCGCGUGGAUGGCUAGCUGCAUGUUGAUGCAUACCCUUGAAGCAGCUGGCAUACACUCAACCCACGUCCUCAAUUGGAGUGCCGAUGAGUCAGGCCAGCCGCUGACUCCCGAGAUCAGAAAGCGGAUCCUUGGUGUUGCCCAACAUCUCAAUAUUUGGAUGUCAUUCGAUAUCGGACGUUCGAGAGUUCAUCUGCAGACGCUGGAUUUUGAUUUACCGGCCCCUAGAGAAGGUGGUUAUACCACGGAACUUCUCGAACUCCUACCUCAUUCGGAGAAUUUGAAUCCUGACAAAAACGUAGAUGUGGUGGAUCUCAGGAACUCUCUUGCGACCAUCGUUGAGCGGCAUCAUUCUGCGCCGCCAUCGAUCCUUGCUCAAUGCAACCUCACCUUGUUGCUAUGUCGUCGCUUAAGAACCCUCAACUUCCACUUUCAAGGCAACCUACUGAAUCAGGUAUUGACAGUCACUGCCAGGGGCAUCCAAGCUGCUCAAGAUCUGUUGGAUGAUUGCGCACCGUGGCACCAUGUGGUGAAUGUUCCAUUCCAAAUCAUCUGCAUCCUGCUCGCAUUGGAUACACCAGCUGCAAUCGCACAACUAAACGAUGGUGUCAAGACUCUGAACAACAUCCAGCUCGUCUAUCCAACCGACGCAGCAAAGGAAGCGUUGAGUACAGCUUGUUUACUCAUACACUUGCAUAGGAAGCGCAAAGAAGCUGAUCUCAAGACACUCUCAGAGAUUGUAUCGACAUAUUCACCUUCGGUUUUGCUGGACCAGCAGAUAUCGUCACAGCCGCAGACCAUAAAUGAAUGGGGCAAUACUUGGCUUGAAACUUUGCCCGAGAUGUCAGAUCUCCAGUCCUUCGAUAUCGAUCGUUUCUUGAAUGGCAGUACCUCAUUCGAUCACCCUUUCGAGAUGGCUGCGUUGCUGAAGAAGACAUACCCAUGGAUCAAGCUUCCGCUCAUCAUAUCAGCGCCAAUGCUGGGCGCUGCCACUCCCGCCCUCGCAGCUUCAGUCAGUAAAGCUGGUGGUAUCGGGUUUCUAGCAGGCGGUACCAAGCCUGCUGAGCUUGAUGAGCUGUUGUCAAAGAUCUCCGCCUUGAUUCCGUCCAAAUCACAUACUCAGAACGAUGUUUUGCCCAUUGGUGUUGGCUUCCAGAACUGGGGCUGUAGUCUGGAUGCCAUGUCGCCCAUUUUUCGAAGAUACUGUGUUGCUGCUAUUUGGCUGUUUGCCCCAAAACAGCUAGCAGACUUUGGACCAUGGGCUCAGGAUAUUCGAAACGUCAGCGAAGGACGUACACAAGUCUGGAUUCAAGUCGGAACGGUAUCUGAGGCACUGGAAGUCAUGAGGCUAGCUCGUCCCGAUGUCAUCGUCGUGCAGGGAACAGAUGCAGGUGGUCACGGUCUUCGCCAGUCCGCCAGUAUCAUAUCACUACUACCAGAGACUAAAGAUGCACUCAAAACUGCUGGAUAUCCUGAUGUGCCAGUACUAGCUGCUGGCGGAAUCGUUGAGUCUCGAGGCGUCGCUGCUGCACUCACUCUAGGUGCCGACGGCGUAGUCAUGGGAACGAGAUUCCUCGCUGCAAAAGAAGCUGGUAUCGCAAAAGGUUGGCAGAACGAAAUUAUCCGUGUCAAAGAUGGAGGUACCACGACCAAGCGGUCAACUCUUUGCGAUCGUCUUAAAGAAACCGUUGGAUGGCCGGAACACUACGAUGGGAGAGCUAUUAUCAACAAAGGACAUUUGGACGAACAAGCAGGCUUAUCCGAUGCAGACAAUGUACGCUUUUACAAAGAGGAGUUGAAGCGUGGCGAUGAAGCUUUUGGUAAUGACGGGAGAAUGGUGACAUACGCGGGUACUGGCGUCGGGUUGAUCAAAGAAGCCAAAUCUGCCGCCGAUAUUGUGGAGGAGACGUCUUUUGGCGCUCUGCAAAUACUGCAACGCUCUGCUAUAUCACUCACCUCGGGAGAAGAGACGAAUGCCUUAUAA